AUGUCUGGGCAGCAACAACAAGAACAGGCCGGCCCGCCGUAUGCCUCACGCACCGCCGGCCUGGGCGGUCUGCCGUCUGUCCUGCCCGACGUGCCCGUCUGCGCCGUCUUCAUGUUGCUCUAUGCUGCCUUCGCUGCUACCAACAUGACCAUCCUCCAGGUCAACCUGAGGCGAAAGCACAAGUUCCUCCUGUCGGGCCUUCUGUUCGGCUUCUGCAUGGCCCGCAUCACCACGCUCGCCGUGAGAAUCGGCUGGGCCACCCACCAGCACAACGUCCGCCUCGCCAUCGCCGCCAACAUCUUUGUCAACGUCGGCAUCCUCAUCGUCUACAUCAUCAACCUGAUCUUCGCCCAGCGCAUGCUCCGCGCCAAGCAGCCCCGCCUCGGCUGGCACCCGAGCAUCAGCAUCGCCCUCAAGGUCCUGUACGGAGGCAUCGCCGCCGCCCUCGUGUGUCUCAUCACCUCGGCCAUCCUCGGCUCCUACACCCUCGACGCCCACACCCUGCAGCAGUGCCGCGACAUCCAGCUGACCGCCAUCACCUAUCUGCUCGUCUUCACCACCAUGCCCCUGUGGCUGUUGCUGCUCGCACACGUGCUGCUGCCCCGCGACGCCGACCAGGAGCUGUUCGGCCACGGGAGCAUGCGGUCCAAGCUAAUCAUCCUCGUCCUGUCAUCGUGCACGUCAGUCCUGAUCGCCGGCUUCAAGGCGGGCGCCAUCUGGUCGCCCCCGCGGCCAGCCACCGACCCGGCCUGGUACCACAGCAAGGCGGCUUUCUACGUCUUCAACUUCAGCCUCGAGGUCCUCGUCUUGGGUCUCCUGACCCUCUCCCGCAUCGACAAGCGCUUCCACAUCCCCAACGGAAGCAAGGGACCCGGCGACUACAGCGGGCGGAAUCAAGACACGACAGGGGACAAGGAGGUCCCCAGUGAUGGCAGUUCCCAUCAAGUCUAG